AUGUAUUAUGAUCCUGAACUUCUAUCUCCACGAAGCAAGACUGAAGUCAAUGAUUGGGGCCUGGGGAAAAAAAUGAACAAGAUACAGGAUAAAUUGUCGCUAGAUAUGAGUACACAGCUGAUGCUUCUAUGUGGCGGCCUUCUUGAGGUAGUACCGCGGCAGGCGAAGUUUGCAAACGAUACGACAUACACACAAUCGACCGUGCAAUUCAUCCACCAAAGUGUGAGAGACUAUCUCCAGGAGAAGGGGUCCUGGGUACUCGAGGGCAACAAUCACACUUCCGAAUUGUCUUUCCCAGAACUCAAACUCACCGACUUACAAGCCUGCAAUGCCCAGUACCACUUCCGCGUUGCUUGUAUAUGCCUCCUGUAUGUUGAUCAUACAUACAUGCACUCUAACUUCCUGAAUACCGGGGAUACAAUCACUUCAGCCGCCUUUCUGGAGUAUUCCCUAUGGUUUGGUAUGGCACACCUUAGCCUGGCCGAAAGAGCCGGUGUAAACCCUCUGAAGGAAGAGAUAUACCACCUUUUCCCAUUUCAAGAGGGGUUUGUCGGCCAGUGGUCUUUGCUACACAGCCGAAUUUUCAAGAAUCACAAACUCUUUGCGCCGCACAAGACCAAGGCAGUACAUGUCAUGUCAUACUAUGGCUUACCGUGGUUUGACACAGGCCUUUGGGGAGCGAACCUUGAAGAGAUACAUGAGGAGGAUCUUUAUGGGCGUACUCCUCUCUCACUAGCCGCGGGUAUGGGUCAUCGUCAUAUCUGUGAGAUCUUACUUCAAAAUGGUGCCGACAUGAGUCAUCGAGAUUACGUGUACGGUCAAACUCCAUUGAGCUAUGCCGCAGCCUAUGGCCAUAGGGAAGUCGUCGAGCUUUUACUCAGCACAGGGUCUGACUUCGACGACAGCAGCAGUGGAGUUACUCCACUAUGGCUAGCAGUUCGCAGUGGCCAUCUGGACAUCGCGGAGCUUCUCUUACAGGCUGGCGCGGAUCCUAACGCCUCUAGCAUCCAUACUGGUGAAACAUGCUUGUCCCAUGUUGCCUCUCUUGGACACAUCAGAGGCGCCCACCUACUUCUCGCCCGAGGCGCUAAAGUCGAUACACAAGACAAGCACGGAUGGACCCCGCUUCAUCACGCCGUUAGCCAAGGCCGAAAGAAGAUGAUUGAGUUGCUUCUGGGGUCAAGGCGUGGUAGCGAGUGGCAGACGCCUCCAGUCGGCGCCCAGAACAGCCAGGCGCUGAGCCAAUGCUCCGACGGUCGACUGCUUGCAAACCGGGGCUUCAAGCGACAAAAGCACAAGUUGGAUCCAGGAAAGGAUGAGGAUGGCAACGAAGAAAACAUCAGAGGCAAUUCGGAGAAACGACCUCGUCGCUCACUGCCAAGCGGGGACCGUUUCGCUUGUCCCUAUCAUAAGAAGAACCGGGCAAGAUUUUCAAGCGGACCCUGCAAUGGAAAGGGAUUUGAGAACAUUGACCGCCUAAAAGCGCACCUAAAGCUCACCCAUGGUCUUUCUAUCGAUCGGCGGCGAUGUCAUGUCUGCAAAAGACGAUUUCUCCGCGAAGAGCUUGAUGGGCAUAGCCAUUGUGAAAGAAAAACCUUCGGAGAUGAUUACGAGGAUGGAUAUGAUUUGGACCAGGCUCAAGAUCUCAGAUCAGAUCCAACUCGGCCCAGCAAGAACCCUCCUGAAAGUUGCUGGAAAGCUAUAUUCAAAGUGUUGUUUCCAGACUGGCCUGUGGACCGCAAUAUCCCAAGCCCAUGUGAGUCUACAGCUUUCCGCAUAGGUUUCAAACAUUUGAGAGCUAUUACUAACUCAGAGGGCAACCCAGGCCAAGCGAAUGCUAUCUCAGAUGCCAUUCAACAACAUCGCAAUAGAAUGAUGAGCCAAGACACAAUCUCUCAGCUCUAUGCUUGCCGAAGUGAAGAUGAGAUCCGUCAAGUUCUAGGACUAUUCAUCGAGGACUUUAAAAGCAAUUUUGGGCAUACCCCGAUCACGACUGAUAAUUUGUCUACCAGACCCGUGUCCGCUAUGUCUCGGCAGCCAACAACCAGCACUCAGUACCCGCAAUAUCAGCCUCUGCCUAUUUCUCAGCCGAAUCCCUUCUUGAGUCAUGGGCGUCGUUCACAAUUCCAUACACCAGCAGUUUCAAGCUUCGAUUCGGAUUCCAGCCGUUUCCUCCUGAGCCAUGAUCAGUUUGAUACGUCCACUGAAGGCACAGCAUUCUCGGGACCAAUGUCGACAGGGUUUGACUUCUUUGGGUCUCAACAGGGCAUGGAUAGCAGCAGCGAUCUGCCACUGUUUCAACAACAAAUGACUGUAUCGGUUCCUCAACAACCGACAAGCAACAUAAGCCAUCACCCCGGAUCGAGCUUUGCGGUAGACAACCAAGGAAUGACACCGAAUGAUAGUUGGAUUGAAAAUUCGCACACCUCCCAAAACCAGCCUGUAAGGGGGGAUCUGGUACAAGGGAAUCUCCAGCCAGGGGAUUAUGAUGGGAGCGAAAUCCCGAGCAUAGCGCCAUUUUAG